CGAAAAUCAAGUGUUUUACUGAAUUUGAAAGCAAACUUGAUGAUUUAUUGCAAUAUCAACGCUUAACUUUAGAAUUGUUUGCAUGUGAGGUGGAAACAUUUGAUCAACUGGAUCAUUUCGUAGCAGAAAUCAAAGAAUAUGUAUUAAAGGAGUUGAAACAUUGUGAAACACGGAUGGAAGACAUGCAGUUGAUUGUUGAUGAUUACAAACUGUAUCAGCAGAAACCAAUUGAAGAAAAGUGGCAUAUACUUGGAUUAAUAUUGAAAUUAAUCGAAGCAGAGCCAGAUAUUGAUCUUACAGAAGCGUUACUGGUGAUUAGAGCCUUUGAGGAUAAAUGUGUGGAUAUUAAGAGGAAGAUGUUCAUUGUAGAUGUUGAUUUCAUGGCUAAGGAAUUACAAAAAGUGGAGACGAAUAAUAAGGUUUUGCAUACAUUCCUAAGCAACAAAGCAACUGGUAAACCUACAGUGAUUCCAAGCAAUGUUUACGGCACAUUACGACAAGUUUCUGACUUUAUUGCAUUUCAAUGCAAGAUUAUCAGACAUGAUCGUGAAAAACCCAGAGAAACUAAGCGUAAAUUAGAAGCCAACAAAUGGUUGAAACUCCGCCGUCAACUCUGGAUGUAUUUCCUCCGCAAACCCGAAAAAAUGGAACAAAUCCUUGAUGAAAUUGAGCGUUACGUCCACGUAAAACGUUCUGCCUUCCUCACAUCAUAAAAAUGUGAUGAUUUCAUUGUUAUAGUAUACAAUUCGUGGCAAUUGUUUAUUUAUAAUGUUGCAUAAAUUAUUUACAUCAAAUUACGAAUUAUGUGACGCUCGCACAAAUUUAUUAAAUAUAUUAGAUGCUUUAUAUUA